UAGCUGGAGGCUAGGGGCCGGUUCCAGAUCCAACACCGAGCCGGGUUUUAUUAGGAAGCGAGGUCCCGAAGCGGCAGGAAACGGCGACUGUAAUCGGAAACACGUUUUAGGAGCUCUCGUGACGUCACGGACCCUCCAAAUUACCAAAUAAGGAGAACGACACAAAAAGUUUAGUUUAGAGUGGACUCGGCACAUCUGGACCAGGAGCGGCGUUUCGGACUCGAACGCCUCCGAACCCAACCCGGCUCGGCCCGUUAGCACGUCCGUAGCAGAUUGUGUCGGUUCUGUUGAGUAGAAGGAGGAAGCGGUUCCGCCCAAAAUCUGCCCCAGGCUCCGGAACCACAGCAGAACUCGACGGAACGAGAAGGCGCUUUUCCAGUGAAUUUACCGGGCCAGCAGGGAGGGAAAGUCCGGUGGGACCGUUUCAGAACAUGAGUUCAGAACCGCGGAGAUAAAACCAGCCAAGCCUGUCUACUUGGGUUCACGGUACCGGGUGGACUUUACUUGGACUCUUUCUCAGUUCGGCCUUCAGUUGGACUAAAGCCUUGAAAAGGUUCGGUCCGGACGGAGUCUCCGGACUGACUCGGGAUGAGCGGAGAGGAGGAGCGGUUCAAGCUGGUGGUGGUGGGCGGAGGAGGAGUGGGCAAGAGCGCCCUGACGAUCCAGUUCAUACAGUCCUACUUCGUGUCAGACUAUGACCCCACCAUCGAGGACUCCUACAGCAAGGUCUGCAGCGUGGGCGGGAAGGAGACCCGGCUGGAUGUCCUGGAUACAGCAGGUCAGGAAGAGUUUGGUGCCAUGAGGGAGCAGUACAUGCGCUCUGGAGAAGGAUUCUUACUGGUGUUCGCCCUCAACGACCGGGGGAGUUACCACGAGGUCCAGAAGUUCCACACCCAGAUCCUGAGAGUGAAGGACAGAGAUGAUUUCCCGAUGGUUCUGGUGGGAAACAAGGUGGACCUGGAACAACAGAGAGUGAUCUCCAGAGAGGACGCUCAGGCGUUCGCCUCAGAGAACAGGAUCCACUACAUGGAAGCUUCUGCCAAAAACCGCUACAACGUAGACGAGGUUUUCCUGGAGCUGGUGCAGAUCAUCAGACGGUUUAAGGAGUUGGAGAGCCCCCCUCCACCGACCCAGCAGACCAGGAAACCGAACCGAGGAGGCUGUCCCUGUGUCAUCCUCUGAGCUCUGUUACCGUGGACCCCAGUGCAUCGUCCUACCGCAGCUUCUGCUCGUGUGUGUGUUCUUUUUGCCUAACUAGAUCUUUUCUUCAGUGUUUAAUGAGUGAGUGACGCCGAUGAUGAAUCUGUCAGAACAUCUGGUUUUUGUGUCGGAGCAGAGCGUUGGGUCGUGGAGCACAGCUGCACCUGGCUGGUUCUUCAGUGUAAUGUUCCAACAUGUCCUGAGGGGGGCAGCAGAGGAACAUCAGCUUCACACCAGACCCAUUCUGUUCCCUCCUCGGUGUGUGUGGGCUCUUUGUGGUGCCAUAGUGUCACAGAUGAUAAAACCGUUGUAACUGGGUGUUUUAGAGCUCCAGCUCUGCUGCUUUUUUUGGUACGGUGUUCUUUAUUUCUGUUUAAUAUCAAACUUCUGAUCCAAUAGGUGACGUUGCUUCAGCUCAGACUCCAGAACCAGAUUCCAGAGGCGUCAGUCUCUCUCUGAUAGAUUCAGUCAUGUGUUGUGGUUAAAGGUGGGGAUGAAAUAAUAUGUGAUCAACGUUUCCGAGCUUUUAAUUUAGUUUUAUUUGGUGAUGUGAUGAUUUAAAGAUCCCAGAAUCUGUCAAAACCGUGAAAACACAAAAAUGGCAGAUAUAAAGAAAAGGAUAAGUGAGCUCCUUCUACUUUGACACAAGCUCAGAACUCCCCUUCCCCUUGUUGCCGUGGUGACGAGUUAGGCCCCAGUCACCAUGGUGAUCAGUUCAGUCUCUUACUGUGUUGACAAGCCCCUGUCACUGCCGACCUAACCGGGCCCAGGAAAAACAUUGGUGAUGAUGCUGGACUCGGCCGAGCUGGUCCGACUCGGCUCUCGCAGCGGACCAGAUGAGCUCAGGUGGACUUUUCCCUACAGGUUGCUGACGGACCUGAGCAUGGUCCUGAGAGCUGGCAGGAGAAGUUCUGCUCACUGACACAAAGUGAUGCAGGACUUGGUCAGCAGAAGAGCAGCUGUUUGGACGGGAGGUCUUUGUAUUCUGAGCUCCACCAGUAAAGGAUUGAAGGGAAGUAGUUCUGUAGAAGAUCACAAUCAGCCUUCGUGAUGAUUUUCAGCUGUAGGCACCGCUUGUUGGAGAAGAACGAAGACUCACAAGGCAGAUGGGUGGACUCUGUAUUUUAAUCAGUGUCAGUCGCAUAUUUUUUUAAUUUGUGAUUUUAUUUUAAAUUCUUUUAAAAGAUUUUUGUAAUUUAUCUGCUGACAGCAUGAUCAGUUUUAUACGAAUCACUUUUAUACUUCAAUAAAGCAUUUAUUGGCUUUC